AUGGCAAAUAAUACCGACCAGGGAAGUGGGUCAGAAUAUGUAAGCUUUGUGUGUCAACGAUGUCGGCAGCCACUAAAACUUGAUCAUUCGUUUAACACCAUCAACAAACAGUUAUUGACUGAAUUGACAGCACCACUCACAAAAAAUGUGGACCAAGAUGAAACCAUCAACAUAUUUAAAUCAGGAAAUGAGAGUUCAGGGAAGCACCCUGAAGAUAAUAUGGUUGUGCAACGAGUCAUUCCCCCAAGUAUUCUGUAUGAGGAGGAGGCAGGGCACGACUUUCUUCUACUGGGUGAGACAGGGUCAGGAUAUACAGACAAUUUAAGUCACAGGGUCAAGGUAAACAGUAUCCUGUUUGAUAUAAUGUCUGGCCAGUCUGAUGUUGAUCAUCCUCUCUGUGAGGAAUGUACCGACAAUCUGCUAGAUCAACUCGAUCACCAGCUCAAGAUCACUGAAGACGAGUGUAAAGAUUACAGAGAGUUUCUUGAGAACCUGAGUACAUCUGAGGAGAACCAAGAGGUAACAGGAUUGGACGAUGAACUCAAACAAUUGGCUGCUGAGAAGGAAGCCUUAAAACAAGAAUUGGAAAAUGUGGAACGAGAAAGGAAGGACAUGACGAGACAAAUAGAAGCUGAGAAAGAGAUUGCCAAAGAGUUAGAAGAGGAAGAAGAAAGGUACUGGAAAGAGUAUAACGAAUUCAAGCGUCAAGUACAAAGUUUGGAGGAUGAGCAACGCAGUGUGGACAACCAGCUUAAAUAUGCCCAGACACAACUAGACCGAUUAAAGAAAACCAAUGUUUUCAACACAACAUUCCAUAUUUGGCACAGCGGUCACUUUGGGACAAUAAACAACUUCAGGCUAGGGAGACUUCCAAGUGUUCCUGUUGAUUGGAACGAGAUCAAUGCAGCGUGGGGACAAACUGUUUUACUUCUUCAUUCACUAGCCAACAAAAUGGGGCUGACAUUUAAAAGAUAUCGUUUGGUUCCCUAUGGUAAUCAUUCCUAUGUGGAAUCGCUCACUGACAAAUCCAAAGAAUUACCUUUAUACGGCUCGGGAGGAUUUCGUUUCUUCUGGGAUACAAAGUUUGACCAGGCAAUGGUUGCAUUUUUAGAUUGCCUACAACAGUUUAAGGAAGAGGUAGAGAAGGGUGAUGCAAGUUUCUGUUUACCAUACAAGAUGGAGAAAGGCAAAAUAGAAGACAACAGUUCAGGGACGUCUUACUCUGUCAAGAUCCAGUUCAACUCAGAGGAGCAGUGGACAAAGGCAUUAAAGUUUAUGCUGACAAAUCUAAAGUGGGGUCUUGCCUGGGUCACUUCGCAGUUUGCCACAAAAUAAGUUAGCCCAAAUAUCAUCCUGUAUGUUCGGACAUAUCUCAUGUACCAUGUGUCAGCUCCCGUCUGUCACGAUAUCACAAUUACUGGAAACAAUUUGGUUUGGCUUUGUACUGUCAGUCGCUGUUUUAUCAGAAAAAGUCAUAAACGUCUUGAUCCUUUUUUUUUGUUAAACAAAAUCAUCAGAUGAAGCUGUAUAACUUGAAACCCAUCUAAAGGAUGAGAUAAGUAGAUAUGAGAAAUAGUGUGAGACUUCAAACGACUCGGUUAAAGAAUGAGAAAAGUUUAAAGGGUGAGAUAAGUAGAUAUGAGAAAUGGUUAGGAACUUCAAACAACUUAAAGAAUGAGUUCAGCUGUUGUAAAAAUGUUGGUUAAAAAAUAACUUAUGCCAUAGUGAGAAAUUUUUGUGAGAACUCAAAUGACUUGGUACAAAAUUAAAAGCUUUUGUGAGAAACAGAAUGAAACUUUACACGACUUUAAUGAUAAAGUCAUUGUGAGAAAUUAUGCGAGAUUUGAGUCAUGAAAGAAUGUGAUAUUUAUAUUAAAUUGAUUGAAGAUACAAUAUUGUGUUAUAUGUUAUUGAAGACGUCACUAUUUAAUUGUGCAAUAAGAUUGUAGGUUAAGUUCACUGAAAUGUUCAUAAAAAUCAUUCUGUGUUUUUAAAAGACAGUUCAUGCCAUUUUGAUUGA